AUGCACACACACCCAAACACACACAUAUACAUGGUGGUGCGGUGGCAUACAUUUCGUGGUAGAAUUAUGGUGCAGGCUGUAGACCGCGCGUUCGAUGUGCUCGUGAUGACUGUACUCCUGACGCUAUUCGUCGAUCAAGUAAGAGCGACGAUGAAGAACCGUUCUAAUGAUGCAGCUCUUGUACACCUCAGCAGCAUGCUAUAGCCCUGUAGAAUGUUAGCGUAUAUCUCGUGUACCAGUGCCUCCUUGUUCUAUUCUGCUCGACCUGAGGUCGAUCAAUACAUCGGUUUUACGCACGGCUCGUCCGUGUCUAGACAAUGAACUCUUGUUCGUUGUGUUUCUCAUUCAUGCGUGUCUUCUAGGCUGUGCAAUGGGGGGCGUGUUUGCCCUCCUCCACAAGAGUGCUGUACCCUUGGCUGUUGUUACGGGCUUUUUGACAUGCGCUCUUCAUCAGACAUGUAUGUUUUUGCAAUUUGGACUUAUUGGUACUUAUGGGCAGCAGUGCUUGUUGGAUUGGCUAUAGCAGCAGCAUGUAGUUGCUGGUUAUGGAAACGUCAUCAUUCAUUUCGUCAUCGUUCAUGGUCUCCUGAAAUAGUAGAAGAUUUUACUUCCUCCGACAGAGAAUCUUCGGUAUCUUGGUAUGCUCCACCUCGUUAUAGAUGUUCUGGUUCCUUUGUCCAAGCAUUACCACCUCCAUAUAAUGAGGUUACGGCCAAACCAAAUCUGUAUCCAUUAGUUAUUGGAUACGAUGAAGGAUCUGGUAAAGGAACUUCGGGAUUUGUAAUGCGUUAUUUUAGAUCACUCUCACACGCGAGCACAUUAGAUUCAUUAGGUUCAAGUUUUAUGUGUAAUAUGGUGAAUGAAGCAAAUACCAUAAUUCCACCACCGUAUUCGUGUAAUAAUAGCGUUGACGAGCUAUCUGCAGUAGAAUGUGCCAGAAUGGAAAAUAUGGACGUUGGAUCGGUCGUAUCAUUGGCUAAUCAUAGAACUACUUCUGACAUAUCGAGUUUAGCUGCUCAAUCUCCGUGUUCACCACCGCGGGCUACUAGUCCAACGAUAGAGUUACGUGAACUGUUAGAUAAAAUUCAACAAUUACCCCAAUUACCCGGUGGGCAUAGCACCGUUUUGUCUUGUUACCAAAAUCGACCUCAAGUUUUAUGUGCUUCAAAUGCAAACGGCUCUACGCAGCGGCCUCUAAGUCCAGGAGACAUUGGAUCUUAUAAAACUAGACGAACACGAGGAAAAAUGUAUAUGCCAUUAGGCCUUCCAAAUUCGAAAAGUAAAGCUAAGCGAUGGUUAUCACGAUCUGCACCGACAACACCAUCGGGCACGAUACCAAUGUCUUUCUUACCCGGGCAAAGUAGACGACCUUCCGAAAUUGAUAAUAAUAAUCGGCAAGUAGUUCCUUUGCUUUCGGAACAAGAUGAGACGGAGAGCAAUAAUGUGGAUCAGAUGAACGACAUUCCAUUGUUAUCCGAACAAGAAGAAGAUCGACAGCAAACAUGACAAAUCGUCUAAAUGUGAUUCACGCUUACAUCUUAUGGAAUCUAUUCCAGAUAACGUCAACCUAAGUAAUCUUUAUAUUUUUAACACGGCUGGUAAAUUCUUUAUUACAACUUUAUACGAAAAGUUACCCUGUGUAAACCUUCGGCAAUUGAUUUCGUCCAAAAACUGAUAUUGCCUGUACUCCUAGAAAAGAGAAACGUUUAAUGCUAUGACUUAAUUGUUCUUUUCAUCAACAGCCAAUGCCAUAGUAUCCUUUCUUUUUUCUAGCGAGUCUUUCAGACCGAACCGAUGCGCGAUAGUAUGAUAAAUGAUAACGUACUCUUUAAGCUCUGUGAAAUAGCGUACAAUUAACUUACAGACAGUCACAGAAACACGAAGAACAUAUACACGAAAUGUUAUGAUGAUAGAUUUUAUGUAGAUGUAUUUAAGCCUUGCUUGUUGAAAACUUGGUCGAAGUAUGUAUUUUAUACAUCGAAUUUAAUUUUUGCCUAAACAGUAAUAUAAAUUGAACGUAAGUUAUAAGUUAAAAGAACGAAUUAUUUAGCUGUUGCAUCGAUAAGUUUUAAUCGUACACAGUAAUACAGUGUCCAUCCAAAAGCAGCCAGCCAGAAUGAAGUUAUGGACAAUAUACGAGUUAAAAUAGUACGAGUUCGAGUGAAUGAAAUACGGAAGAGUCAAAUUAUGACAAGUUGAUGUACAAUAUCAGUUUUAUUGAACGGUAGAGAAUACUUGUAAAGGUAAUGUUAUCGCAAGCACAACGAUUACAGAGUAUUGAUAAUUUUAAAUAAAAUGAUGCGAAAGAUGCGAAAGAUAUGAAUGAUAUUUGUAACGAGGGUGAAACGGACAUAUGCGCCGAACAGUUAGGAGGAAACGAUAAUCUGCCGUGUCACGAAAAUCCCAUUCAUAAUCAUAGGAUUUAAUAAACAUUUGUUACAAUCACAAAUUUUAUUCUUAAAGACGUAAAUGAGAAACAGUCACUUUAACUGUACCACUCAUUCAUUCACACACCAUGUAUUAACAUGUAUUUUUUUAUAAAUCGGAU